AUGCAUAACGCCGACCUAUAUGAACAAAAUAACGGUGUACAAAAAAGAGAUGCACUCGCAUGCUUGGAAAAGUACGCACCCGAUAUGAAAUGGAAAAAGAAGGGUAAUAGGAUCAUAGACAUAGGAUGCGGCGAUGGUACUGUUACAAAUAUGCUGAAGAAGUAUUUGCCAAAUGACUACAAGCUACUAGGGGUUGAUAUAAGCGAAAGCAUGGUAAAUUUUGCCUACGACCAUCACUGUAAUGAAAAUACUUCCUUCGCGGUGUUGGAUAUAGAAGAUGACUUACCUGAUAGUUUGAAAGGAAAAUUCAACCACGUAUUUUCAUUCUACACCCUACACUGGAUCCAAAAUCAAAAGAAAGCCUUCGAAAAUAUAUUUAAUCUACUGGAACAGGACGGUCAAUGUUUUAUGACUUUCCUGGCGUCUAAUCCGAUAUAUGAUGCUUUCCGAGCCUUAUCGCGGAGGAGUAAAUGGAGCAAUUUGUUGUUGCAAGAGGAUGUUAAAAAAUUUGUAUGCCCCUACCACGACUUAGAGGAACCGGACAAAGAAGUAACAAAAAUGAUGAAAAAUAUUGGAUUCAAUAAAAUCGAUGUCGUAUGUAAAGAGCUCAUCUUUACCUUUGACAAUUUGGAUGAUUUAAGAAAUCACUUAAGAACAAUCAAUCCGUUCAAGAUUCCAAAACACAUGUACGACGACUUUCUGGAUGACCUUAUUGAAAUCUUGCAAGAUAUUGGAGCCAAUCAAAUCGACAAAUCGAAUAAAUGUGUGAGAAUUGAUUAUAAAUUGCUCAUAGUGUAUGGUCAUAAACCUGAUAUAGAAAUGAGCUAA